AUGUCCGAGGUGACAGGGACAAAAACAAACUACUGCCUUGGGGACCGCUACUGCCGCGGGUAUCCCGCUCUUGGACUUGCACCUGCAAUUCUGCGAACCUGCAAAGAAAUACACGAUGAAGCAGCACCGAUUCUCUACAGCAGAAAUGUGUUCUACUUCCCAAUUCCAGACCAAUUUAGAACAGCAGGAUUCACGAGAGCAGGACCCGCUGAGGAGUUGCGGCUCCGGAGCCAGUGUCUAUGGCUCUUUGGGUACCGUGACGAGGCCUGGCACACACUUUUCUUUGAGAUACAGGCUUCUAUGUUCGCUCGUUUCCUCCACAUGAUCGGGAAAGAAAACGCGGCUCGCCUCACGACACUUCGAUUUUUGCUUGGGGAUCCGACCACUGAUGGAGGUAGAUACGGCCCAAAGACCGGCCAGGUUAUGAAAGUGGUGAUGCAGUUACUGUACAUGCACGUUCCGGGUCUUCGUGAUCUCAAUAUGCUCUUGGUGGUUAAUGAUCGGGCACCGUACCACACCUUAUGGACGCCUCAUCCUACAGUGGAACGGGUUCUGUAUGACGUUCUAAAGGAAGCCGUUCAGAACCUGCCAGAGUUGAAGCAUCUUGAAAUUGAAGGGUUUGGAAGGGAUCCUGGUGUUAAGAGGGAGUUGAAAGCCCUCGAGGUAGCCUGUGGAUGCCGCAAAGACCAAGCCAAACCUCGGAAUCUCACCACCCUGUAG